AAUAAAAAUAAACAACACGUGCCUUUGAAAGCCAUGGGAAAAGAAUAUAAAGUUUGUGAUAAUUGAAUAUAAACUGUUGUUCCUUUGGUGGUAAAAAGCACAAAGUAUACAAAGAUUCAGUUAUAAUCAAUAGAGUUACAGGUGUAACAUUUUAUAAUGGGUGAGUUUAAAAAAACCCAAUCGCAAAUCUAUGCCAAAUCGACCAACGUACACUCGCCAGAUACGAUUUACUGGAAGCAACUUGGGAUUCCUACUCUGGUGAAAGAAUUUGGAGCUAUCGAUUAUAUAGACUUCAGUCCAGUCGAACCUUAUUUGUUUGCCGUAACUGCAUCGGUUCGUGUACAAAUUUACAACCCCGUCACAAAACUAGUGGUUAAAAAUAUUACCAAAUUUCAGGAAGGAGCUCACGGUGGCUCCUUCCGUAAAGAUGGUAAUUUACUAGUAGCGGGCGACGACUUAGGCAAAAUUCGACUAUUCGAUGUUUCGUCAAAGUCUAUACUGCGUUUCUUCACUGGUCACAAAGCCCCGGUGCAUCGAACGUUUUUUAAUGCAGACGGACAUUGCAUCAGUAGCUUUUCGGAUGAUAAAACUGUACGAUAUUGGGACAUUGCUACAGAGAAACAUAUCCAGACUUUUGCAGAGCAUACGGACUACAUCAGAGCUGGUUGUACAAACCCUGUCAAUCCUAACAUUCUUGUUUCGGGAGGAUAUGAUCAUAAAAUCAAUAUGUACGAUACACGAACUCAAGGAAAAGUAUUGACUUUAGACCAUGGUAGUCCAGUAGAAUCAUUAAUUUUCUUACCCAGCGGUGGAAUAUUCAUCAGUGCCGGUGGCACUUCCGUAAAUGUCUAUGAUGCAUUGGCUGGCGGAAGAAAGAUAGCCCAGCUUUCUCAACAUCAUAAAACCAUAACCUGUUUGCAGUUGGCCACUGAUGGAAAACGAUUACUGUCAGGAAGCUUAGAUCGACAUGUCAAAAUCUACGACAUCGCCACGUAUCAAGUUGUGCAUACUAUUGAUAAUCCGAAUGCCGUAUUAAGCUUAGGCGUUUCCAGAAAUGAUGAUACCCUUGUAACUGGAAUGGUUGAUGGUUUAAUAGCAAUUCAUCGACGUGAUAGUGCUGAUAAGGACAAACAUGAAUCGGAGAAAAUCACAGCACGCCGAUCGAAACUUCAGGCUAGAUACGACAACAUUUUUGAGAGUGCCGAUGAUAAAAUCGUCGAAUUUCGCCACGACAAAAUUGAGCAGUUUGAUCGGAUGUUGAGGAAGUACGAAUAUAGCAAAGCUUUAGAUAGCGUAGUUAUACCUAGUGUAAUGAACAAAACACCUGAAAAGACUGUUGCUCUUAUAAAAGAACUUGUUCGGCGCAAAGGUCUGCACCGGGCAUUGAAAAACCGUACACACGCUUUCCUGGUCAAGUUCCUGAAUUUUGUCAUGCGCUUUAUCGGCGAUUACCGAUUUACACCGACAUUGAUAGAUGCGUCAAAUAUUCUACUUGAUGUGUAUCAAGUUGAUUUCGAACAGUUCGCAGGCUCGGAGGUUGCAAAAAUGUUCGUUAAUCUUUCUCGAAGACUGAAGAAAGAAGAGCAAAUUAUAAGGGAUUUCCUUGAAGUGCAGGGAUUACUUGAAAUGAUAUCGGCUGCAGCCGACGUGAAUCAACCUUUAGACAGCGAAGGAGAUAAAGAAACUAUAUUGAUGAAAGAAAUCGAAGCUUCCAUGAAUGCUCAAAAGCAAGCAGUUAUCAAUAUUGAUUAAUUCCUAAUAAAUUUUGAACUGAUUCGAGAUGACCUUGGUAUAA